AUGAAUGAACGCAAGAAGCUGGAGGUAGGUUAUGGACAGAGGGAUAUUAAAUAUUGGAUUAUUGAAUUCCAGCCGCAUCCCCGGCCCGCGGCGCCCACACUAAACUAUUACACGCUGCUGGGGGAGGAGGUCCCGGAGAGAUCGGUGGCAACGCUGCAGGUGAGGACAGAGGCUAAGAAGAUGGUAACUACAGCCAGCAGACGUGACCACCAGCGCCACCCCGUCAUGGUCUACAUCCACGGGGAGUCUUACGAGUGGAACAGCGGCAACCCUUACGACGGCUCUGUCCUCGCUUCCGUUGGUCGUGUCGUCGUCGUUACCGUCAACUUCCGUCUUGGCGUGUUAGGGUUCCUCAACACCAACGAGAACCCUUACCUGCGCUCCAUCACCAAUUAUGGCCUCAUGGACCAGAUCGCGGCGCUGCACUGGCUCAAGGAGAACAUCGCCGAGUUUGGUGGAGAUCCUGAGAACGUCACCAUCUUCGGCCACGGCACCGGGGCGGCCUGCAUCAACUUCCUCAUGACCUCGAAAGCCGUGCCCAAGAAUCCGCGACUCUUCCACCGAGCCGUCCUGAUGAGCGGGUCCUCCCUGGCGCCGUGGUCACUGGUACAUGAUCCAAUGAAGUACACGAGGCAGCUGACACACUCAAUCAACUGCUCCCACACCCCGCUAGGAGACGAACUGAAAAAGUGUCUCAGGACGAAGAACCUCCACUUGAUCAUGAAGGCACAGGUUGAGGUGAGUGAGGCCAGGCCGUCACCAAGUGGCGAGGAUAGCAGGCCAGGCCGUCACCAAGUGGCAGGGAUGGCAGGCCAGGCCGUCACCAAGUGGCAGGGAUGGCAGGCCAGGCCGUCACCAAGUGGCAGGGAUGGCAGGCCAGGCCGUCACCAAGUGGCAGGGAUGGCAGGCCAGGCCGUCACCAAGUGGCAGGGAUGGCAG